AUAGCACGCAGUGCAUGAGCUUGGUUAUAAAUACCUGACCUUUCCUGCCUUGAGUGGAUUGAGAGCGAAAAUAGGACAUUUCUCCUCGAUUCUUGUAAUAUCUAUCGAACCGGGUUCCUUAUAAGUUUUUUCCUUUCAUUUCGAUCAUAUACACCUCUAGCACAAUCACAAUGACAGAAUCAAUCCCAACAACACAAACGGUGGCAAUGGUAAGGGAGCUAGGUGAUGCUGUCGAAUUUGUGACCGACUAUCCAGUCCCAACCCCAGGAAACAAUGAGGUUCUGGCCAAAGUACUCUACACGGGCGUUUGCCAAAGUGACUUGCAUACGAAAUCCGGCACCGCUGCAAGUUCACAAGGCACUCCCAUCACGAAUAUCAAACUCCCACACAUCGGUGGACACGAAGGCGUCGGCCGUAUAGUGAAAAUCGGACCAAAUUGCGGUGAAGGCGUCAAGCUCGGGGGCUUGGUUGGAAUCCGUUUCUUGAGUAGGGUCUGUCGACGAUGCGAGUUUUGUCUGGCAGGCGCAGAGCAAUAUUGCGCUAAGAGUACAAAUCACCUGCAUCAUGAGGAUGGUAGCUUUCAGGAGUAUAUUGCCCUGGAUGCUGAUAAUUUGACCAUUCUGCCUGAUGAUGUCGACCCUAAGCUCAUUGGACCAGUUUUGUGUGCUGGAGUCACGGCUUAUAAGGCCGUCCUCAAUGCCAAUAUCAAAGUAGGUGACUGGGUUGUUGUUGUGGGUGCCGGUGGUGGCUUAGGACACCUUGCUGUCCAAUAUGCACGCGCAAGUGGCGCAUCCGUCAUUGCGGUCGACACUGGUAACGACAAGCGCGAAUAUCUCCAAUCAGUAGGAGCUAAGGAAUUCGUCGAUUUCACCCUCGUCCCAGACACCAUCGAAGAAGUCCGCAGGAUUACCAAUGGAGGUGCUCAUGCAGUCAUUAUCGCAGCCGGAAAUGCCAAAGCUUUUGCCCACGCAGCAGAAAUGCUUCGAAUUGGUGGUACACUUAGCUGCAUCGGUAUUCCACCUGGAAGACCCUUUAUAGAGACCCCUGUUGCUAGCAUUGUGAUCAAGGGUCUGAAGAUCACAGGAAAUUUGAUCGGUUCAUUGAAAGAAUGUAUGGAGGCCGUGGAGCUCACUCGAAAAGGCGUCGUCAUUCCAAAGGUUCAAGUACGGCCAUUUUGGCAGUUGCCACAGGUUUAUGAACAGCUUGAGAAGGGUGAUGUACCUGGACGUAUUGUCUUGCAGGUCGCAGAGACUGCUUGAUUUCCAGAAUUAACUUGGCACUUAGUCAAUGCCAGGAGUCCUGAUAGCCACGAAGAGCGUGCGUGUUUGUAAGACACUUCAAGUCAACCAUAAUAGGAUCUGUCUGUCAUCAGAAAGCUUUUAAUCCUUAAUCAGUAGAAGGCAUUCUAACAUAGGAAUGAAAAGCACUCUGACAUUCU